GUUGAUCUGUGGACUCAGCGAUCGGCUGUUGACUGUUGAGCAUCCAUCCACCCAGCCAGCGAUCUCGUCACCUGUAGAUACUCCAGCAAUCGGCCAUGUCGUCUCUGGUCAGGUCGUUCGCGUCGUUCUACUGCCAGAAGCUGCGCUCCACCACCCGCCUCGGACCCGUGACGGCGGCGCCAUCGCGUUUCCAGGAGUUGAACCGACGGGGAUUCUCGGGCUCCAGCGGCGCGGCAGACGCGAGACGCUCGCCGGCUCUGCCGAUGCCGAGCCAGCAAUCCCAGGAAAAGCAACGGACGCCUUUCUUCACCUGGGCAAGAUUGGCCGUUGGCUCUAUUCUUGCUGCCGCUACACCAUUCCUGCAUUUCAGAUGGGCGUCACUCCUGCGGAUUCAGGGUGAGGUGGAGAUGGUGAAAGACACGGCAGAGGCAGUGGCGGAGGUCGUGGAGAUGGCGGCCACAGCAGCAGAGAAGGCGUCGUCAGAAGUGGCCGAGCAGCUGCCCGAGAAAGGGAGGCUGAGGGCGGUGGCCGUCCUCGUGGAGCACGCAUCCAAGGAAGUCGCCGAGGAGGCACACCUUGCACAGGACAUCCUCCAUAAGGUCGACGAAAUCGAGGAGGACAUGAAGGCCAUCAUGGAUCACGGCAAGCAUGCUGCUCCUGCCAAGGCACGGGCACACGACUGACAUCUCAGCAGAACAUGAAAAAAACAAACAGCUUCUCAAUUCUGAACCAGGACCGUUCCUGGUCUUCUCGGCUGGAAUGUACAAUGGUUGUCUCCCGAACAAAAGAAAAGAACCAUCUCUAUCUCUUUCAA